AAGUAAGCACGCGCGUUUCCGGUGUGGCGACGUUUGAAGAUUUUCUGUUUUGGACUUUAACCUCCUAAGUGUUAUUUCUUUGUUAGGGCAGCGAUGAGCGCCAUCAUUCCUCGGAUAGAGCGGCUGUCCGCCAGAGUUGUUCGGGUUUUAGGCUGCAACCCGGGACCGAUGACUCUGCAGGGAACCAACACGUACCUGGUCGGAACUGGGCAAAGACGUGUGCUUAUAGACACUGGGGAACCUGCUGUCCCUGAAUACAUCAGCAACCUGAAAAAUGCCUUGGGACAAUUUAACACCAGCAUCCAGGAGAUCAUCGUCACUCACUGGCAUCACGACCACAGUGGUGGAGUGGAGGAUAUCUGCAGAGACAUAACCGGAUCUGAGAUCAGGGUCAGCAAACUACCACGAGCCAUCCGAGUCACAGAGAUGGCUGGAAGUAAGACGUAUUCUUACCUAGAAGAUGGAGAUGUUAUCCAGACCGAAGGAGCCACCCUCAAAGUGCUUUUCACCCCAGGCCACACUGACGACCACAUGGCCCUUCUGCUGGAGGAGGAGCGGGCGCUCUUUUCUGGAGACUGCAUCCUGGGCGAGGGCACAGCCGUGUUUGAGGAUCUCUACGACUACAUGAAGUCUCUGAAGAUCCUGCUGGACUCUCAGGCCGACCUCAUUUACCCCGGACAUGGGCCUGUGGUCCAGGAUGCUGGCGCCAAGAUCAAACACUACAUCAGCCACCGGGACCAAAGAGAACAACAGAUCCUGGGAGCUAUUCAGGAUGGAGCAGGAAAGCAAUUUUCUUCCAUGGAGCUUGUAAAGAUCGUCUAUAAGGAUACACCUGAAUACCUGCAUCAAGCAGCUAAUGUCAACCUGGUUCAUCACCUGAAGAAGCUAGAGAAGGAUGGCAAGAUCAUUUUAGUGCAAGACUCAGAGAGCAGCAAGUGGAGAAGUAAUCUAUGAUGCCCAGCAGUCCUGAGGUGAAAUAAAAUCCAUACAUAAAGUACAACCUGAUUGAUGGAAAUCUUUCUGGACAACAGCUGGGAGUCUUUUUUAAACCGAAGUGACCACGUUAAAUUGUUAUGGUUGUGAUUGAACACGCUUGUUGGUUUAAAAACACGUCAGUAGAAAUGAAUGCAUGUUGGUUUAGACGUGUUGCUUUGGAUCUUUUUGUAGGGGUAAACAUCUUGUAUGGAUUAAGCUGCGGCUUAUAUCAAAGAUUUUAAAUGAAUCCAAAGGUCAAACAAAACCUUUAUUUAGCUCUCUCCUACAAAUUGAGCUCUUGUGUGCUUGAAUUCAACUUCCAAGCUUCUUUACAAUUAGGUUCAUUAAAUAUAUUCUACAGACUUCAGUAACAUUUCAAGUCAACUUUGCACCAACAUCUUUUCAUACCCACAGAAUGUAAGAAAAACCUUUUCCUGGCUACCAGUAAAUUUGUGUCUUAACUCUUUAACUGGUUAUCAUUUAUCGCUAUGUCUUCAUACAGGUGCACUUUUUACAACUCUGACUGAUUUUUUUCCCCUCCAACACUUGUUCUUAAAAAAACAAUAAAGUCUGUAGCAGAGAAGAUGGACACAUGUCUAGGCUGUCACUAGGUGGCAGCAUCUGCCAAAUAACCUGGUCUGUCAAUUAUUUCAAAUGUAAAAACAAUACAGUAAUAUAAUAUGAAAAAGAUUUAAAAUAUUCUAUUUUUCUUCUUGAUAUUGUAAAUAAUAAAUUAAAUUCAUCUUGGAAUUAA